AUGUUAGCUCUCAAUGAUACCAGAUACAUGCCUGCAGUGUUCCUUCUCACUGGGCUAGAGGGGCAUGAAGACAUCCAUAUAUGGAUCGCUAUCCCUUUGUGCCUUAUUUAUGCCAUAUUGAUAAUAGGAAAUACAGGUAUUCUGUUCAUUAUAAAAACAGAUUCAAGCCUUCAUGAGCCCAUGUACAUUUUCCUUUCCAUGUUGGCUGUCACAGAUCUUGGCUUAGCAAUGACCACCAUGCCGACAAUACUGGGCGUAUUCUUGUUCAACUCCCGGGAGAUCAGCUUCGAUGCCUGUUUUGCCCAAGUGUUCUUCAUCCACGCGCUAGCAUAUGUUGAAUCCUCUGUGCUCCUAUCAAUGGCCUUUGACCGUUUCACUGCAAUCCAUGACCCGCUGAGAUACACUUCCAUCUUAACCCUGCCCAGAAUAGCCAAGAUGGGACUGGUGUGUGUGAUAAGAGGGGUGGCUUUACAGUUCCCUUUCCCCUUUCUCCUGAAACGGUUCCAAUACUGGCGAGCCAAUGUUGUCUCCCAUUCCUACUGUAUGCACAAUGAUGUCAUGAAACUGGCAUAUGCAGACAUCACUGUUAACAAUAUCUUUGGCUUUUUCAUAAUACUCUCCUCUGUGGGGUUGGACUCUUUCCUCAUCUUCCUCUCAUAUGUGAUGAUUCUCAAAACAGUGCUGAGCGUUGCAUCCCAUGGGGAGCGAAUCAAGGCCCUGAACACCUGUGUCUCCCACCUCUGUGCCGUCCUGCUCUUUUAUAUACCAAUGGUCAGUCUGGCUGUGUUACGCAGAUUUGGAAAUAGCUCAACUCACUGGCUUCAGAUUUUCUUUGGAUACAUCUAUGUGCUGGUGCCACCCCUGAUGAACCCGAUUGUGUACAGCAUGAAAAGCAAGCAGCUACGUGUGAGGAUCAUCAGGAUGUUCGUCAAGUAA